AUGUAUAUGCUCUCAAGGACAUCAGGCCGUAUGCUGAGGAAGGGUAUCGUGCCCAAUCGGCUGACAAGUACUUCCCGGCCUGGUUGUUUGAGCUUUGGGGGUCGUCGAGAGUAUCACCCAAUUGUGCAUACCUUUGACCAUGCAGCCACAUGGACAGCCGAAGCCAUCGCAUCCAUCCACAAUGCCGGGCUCCCCUGGUACCUCACCAUCCCUCUCGUGGCCGCGGGGGUCAACUUCACCUUCAGGCUGCCCAUGCAGUACUACGCUCGAAGCCUGGCCGCUAAGCGCAACCAGCUCACUCCUCUCGUCAACGCCUGGGCUUGGCGGCACCGCAUCCAAGAAUUCGCAGCCGCUCCGGGAAAGCAAGUGGACUCACAUGCGAGGAAUCUAGCCAGCUUACGAGCUAUCAGGAGUUCACGCAGGAGGCUCUACAGAUCCUGGGGCGUGCAAAUCUGGAAGAGCUUUCUCCCUCUGACGACCAUGUUCCCCUUCGUCCUGGCUUCCGAGGCUCUCAGACGGUUAAGCGGAGUAUCUGUCUAUAUGGGGCUUGUCACAGUUGGGGAGAAAGCUUCGGCGGCUACGUCUACGGCGGCCAGCGCUCUAGUCGACCCGUCUCUGACCCAGGGCGGCCUGCUCUGGUUCACAGAUCUGACAGUCGCCGAUCCUUACUUUGGUCUUCCACUGCUUUGCACUGCAGUCCUUGCGAGCACGAGUUGGGGAAGUCUGGGCAUAGACAGAAUCCGAGUGCUGGUGGGCGCUGGUGGGAGCCAAGCCGGAACCUCACCCAUGACUAGAGGUUUCCAGAGAGUUCUCCUUGCCGUACCUCUCUUCCCUCUUGUCGUUGCGCAUCUUCCAAGUGCUAUUUUCGUCUAUUGGCUGACUAGCUUCAGCCUGACCUUUUUCAACGACUUAAUAUUGAAGAGGAUUUUCCCAAUGACGAAAGCAAGGCUUCAGCCUCCGAAUAUGGGGAGAAGCCAUGUACGAUCCUACCUGCCCGCUUCUCCCGAGAAGCUCAAGAAAAAGCAGGGAAGCGCUUAA